AGUUUGUUUUCUAAUGAAAGCUGCGAUCUUCUGUUGAUUAGCCAGUUCAUAUUUUUAACUUUUAGGUCGAGGUGUCGUCGUUUGGCUGCAAUAUGUGAUUUCCAAGUAAGUUUUUCGUCUAGAUGAAGGCCCAGGUACUUUACUUCUGUUUUUAUUGGUAUAGGUGAAUUAUUUAGAUGUAGUUGUAGACAUCUAAUUCUUCGAUUUGUGAAAUUUACUUGACAAGACUUGUUUGUGUUGACGUUUAUUUUCCAGCAUCUAAGCCAGUCUUCUAGUUCAUUGAGAUGAUUUUGCAAUUUGUUAAAUGCUAAUAUUUCGUUGAUGUCUGAUGCUAGUAUACCAGUGUCAUCCGCAAAUGUUGCCAUUAGUGUAUUUUCGCUAAUAGGAAUAUCAGCAGUGAAGAUUUGGUAAAGGAAUGGGCCAAGAACACUGCCUUGAGGUACUCCGGAUUUUAUUUGGUGAUAGUUGGAUAGAGUACCUUCGUAUUUAACUUGGAAGUAUCUGUCGGACAGGACCAAAAAGCGUAACGUCAGCCGCGAUUGAAUCAAGAGAGCUACCCUUUCCUCUUCCACUGAAUGAAUGUUCAGGCAUGUCUACUGAGGAGCUUCAAGAUAUAUUGGAGGGAAAUGGAGAUUUGCUGGUGCCUGUAUAUAUUUCGCCUUCUGAAGAUGUACGUACUAAUGAAGAAGAGCUUGCCAAUUAUGUAUGUAAGGACGACGUAAUUUUGCCAGAUGUCGCAGAAACAACAUCAACUUCCUAUAGUCAUCUUAACAAAGAUUGUGCAGGUCAUACAAACGGUACAUCUUAUCCAACCGCUAACUCUUCUAAGAGUAGAUCUAAGGGAAGUCCCUCAAGCAAAAGAUGUUCUGAAAACCAAAACAAACCUGUAGCAAUGUCCCAACCACCACCUAAAAAGAAAAAAGCAGCGGACACUACAGCAAAUAUCAGAAAUACUACCACGAGUAAUCCGAAUGAUUGGAACCAAAACGAAUCAACGCCAUCAACAUCUACCAUGAGCAAUCAGAAUGACGAGAACCAAAAUGAACCAACACCAUCAACAUCUACCAUGAGCAAUCAGAAUGAUGAGAACGAAAAUGAACCAACACCUAUCAUAAGUAAUCAGAAUGACGAGAACCAAAAGGAACCAACACCAUCAACACCCACCACUAGUAAUCAGAAUGACGAGAACCAAAUUGGAUCAACUCCAUCAACAUCUACCAUGAGUAAUCAGAAUGACGGGAAUCAAAAUGAAUCAACGCCAUCAACAUCUACCAUGAGCAAUCAGACGCCGUCAACAUCACGUACAAAAAGUAUAGUAAGUCAUGCAAACGGUACAACGUCUCAUCCAACAACAAACUCUAAAAAGAAAAGUAGAAUAGUAAGAGCUAGUCCAAAAAAGGACGAAAAUAAAAUGAACGAUGACUUUUUAACCAUGAUGAACGAUAUAUUUACAACGGUGUUCCCGACACAACAGGAAGACCAGAAUCUUGUUCAGGUCAUUGACGACAAAGCAAAACAGCGGUGGGAUAUUUUAAAAGAUGCGAAAAAAGAAUAUCAGUUUAUUUGUUACAAAUUAUAUACCAGAAUACCCACAUGGCGCAGUAUUUUCACAUUACGUAAGGAUCAUAUGCCCAAUCUGUCAGAUAAAAAUGCUAUUGAAGUUUUCAAUUUUUUAGAGGAAAAACAGUUUGUUGAUACAGAUUAUAAUAAAGAUCGUAUGGAAGAACUGCUGGGACAACUGCCUGCAAAAGAUGUUAAGAAUAUUUGUUUACACCUCAAAAUUAAACCCAGCACUCCAAAAAAAAACAUAGACAUUUUAUUAGAUAGGUGUAGAAGGCAGCCUACCCUCUCCGGUGGUAUUAAGUCUACGCGUGAGAUUAUCUUUGACCAAAUAGAAGCAAAGCUGGGGAAAUAUGCUCUAAAGAUUAACGACUCGUUUAAAAAAGAUAUUAAUCGCAUUUACCUGUUAGCAACAUUCACUAAUAACAGAUUUCAAAAUAUUGAAAAUUUCCUAGGAAGGGAUUUAAAAUGCGAUUUUCCCUCUUUUGUAGUUGAAAAGUAUAAAGUUUUCAGGGAUGUACAAGAAUUUUUGAGGUAUGCCGAGGCAUGUGAGCUCAGACAAACUUUAGAAACUACUAAAAAUCAUGAAACUAUACAAGAAAUUGGCAUGAACGUUAAAGAUAAAUUAAAGGCUUUGGAACGUACUAAUGACGAAAUGUAUUUCAACGCACCCCAUCUAAAACGUUUUACCGCCGAGUCAGUAUAUUGCGGAAUUUUAACUAAUAUUUGUGAAAUAUUAAAAACAACAUACGUCGAGGAGGUCCAAGCAUUUUUAGAGUAUCUGAUAGAAAAUUUUCCACGCUCACACAGAAUUGGUACUUGGUAUAUGCUAUUGUGUGACAUAUUUACUUCCCGAAAUUUGUCAAGUGAAGCUGUGAAUGUUAUUAUAACAGCACUCAGAACUAAAAAAGAAUAUAUUUUGGAGUAUCAGAUUUAUGAAUUUGCACAUAAGGCGCAAGCGCUAAAAAAAUCUAAACAAAUUGAACAGUAUACCCAUGAUCAACUUGUUGAAUUACUACCGGAUCCUAUCAAUUCAGAAUGCUUUCCCCAAGCUAGGAUAGAUGCCAAAAUAAUUAAGGAUAACCCAUGUGGAAGAAAACGGCAUUAUGAAGUAAACAAUUCAGGCGAACGUAAAUCCUAUGAAACUGUAGAAGACGUUGCGAAAGGUUAUUAUAUUAUUGAAACAGGUGCCUAUACUGACGGCAAAGAUUUUACAUUGAUUAUAAUGAAUUCGUUUACGCUUUUCUUCUGGGAUAUUAUUUAUAGCCAAAAUCCUAACAUCACGGGCACUUUUUUAUCUAAAUAUCAAGAAGUACCCCUUGAUAUGUACACCACUGAUUUCUACAAAAAUCGCAAAGAACUAAUCGACAAAAGAUUGAAGAAUAUAGCUGAAGGUUGGACAUAUGAAGUAACUAUUCAAAACGUUACAGAGCACUGGCAAAAUUAUUCACAUAUAUCAGGAUUGUGUGGUCCAAUAGUUAAGACUAUGGAUAUCAAAUUUCUUAAAUUGAUUGUGGAUUGUAUCGGAAGAGAGAUACUGUCUAAAAUUUAUGAAAGAUUAGUUAAAGAUAUACAUCAGUACCAAGAUAUAGAUAAGUACCAAGAUAUAGAUCAGAUCCAAAGUGGAAUGCCUGAUUUAUUUUUAUGGAAUGUAGACGAAAAAAAGGCGAAAUUCGUGGUGGUUAAAGAGGAAAAUGACCUCUCUAUAAAGCAGAAAUUGUGGCUGAAGUACUUAAACUUAAUCGGAGCAAAUGCAGAAGUUUGUCACGUACUCUGUACAAGAUCUAAGAGAACAGCGACCGAUAGCAACAAUAACUAAAGUAAGAAAAAAGAAGCAUUUGUUGAGCAUUUGGCCUUUGAAGACAAAAUAGUUAUAGUAUUUGAUGUUACAUGACAUUUUUAUUUUUUUAACGAUGUACAAAAUGGGUUUGAACACUAGAAUUUGUUAAAGGUUGUAAUAUGCAUGUGUCAUGACUUGUUUAACAUAUCGCGAUAUUUGAUAAACAAAAUGAUAGUGCUUCAACCCACAGGCUGUGAUAUUCGCUAUUUUUUAUUAAGUAUUCUAAAUUUACAUUUAAAUAUUACGUAUAGUCGAACCGCUGAGAGAAUAUUAAUGGGACACGGACAUACAUGUCAUUUUCUCCCUAAAGUCCAUUGCACGUCAUCAGUACGAUUUUUACACAGUAGCAAUAGGGCUUUUCAUUCACAGUCAUUUGUUUCGAGCUUCUGUCAUGUGUCACAUAAUAUUAAUAUAUCUAUCGUACGUUAUUGGUAUAUACCAAUGAUACAAACCAAAUAUACGUGUGACGUAGAUAUAUUAAUAUUAUGUGACACAUGACAGAAGCUCGAAACAAAUGUCAAUCGAUGAAAAGCCCAAUACAAUUAAAUUUUUAGUAUCAUCAACGAAUAAAUAAAGUGAUGAGAGCGCUAAUAACCGGCAAAAUAACGCAAAAGAUGGAAUACAUAUUAAGUUGUUAGAUAAAAAGAAAUGAAACUAGUAGAGUUGGGAAAUUUAGCGAUAAAAACGUAUAAAUUUACAUUCUAUUUAUUGUUUCCCACCUUUAAACGUAUCAGAGGAGUAUGUCAACUACAACUGUCACAGUGACAGUUGCCAAACUCGUCCGAUACGUCUAAAGGUGGGGAACAAUAAAUAUAAUGUGAAUUUAUAGGUCUUUAUCGCUGAACUUCCCACCUCUACUAGUGUAAUUUCUUUUUAUCUCACAACUUAAUAUGUUUUCCAUCUUUUGCGAUAUUUUGCCGGUUAUUAGCGCGCUCAUCACUGUAUAAUAUACUCUCCUAGAAGACGUUUUUAAAUGGGAGACAUUGUCACGGUUAUUUGUCACUUCAAAAUACUCCUGUAAAGGGAGACUGUACAAAGUGUUGGGGAAAAGUGGGAAAGGAGUACAAACGGAGCGAUUUAACUUAUCCAGCCUUAAUAAAAUUUCGAUGCUAUUGAUUUCCAAAUUGUUUUUUUUAUAUAAAAUCUUUAUUUUUCGUAAUAUUAAAUGGUUAAAUUUAUAAUUUUAAAACUUAAAAAGGUAGGCUAUGAAAACUUCAAUAUUAAAAGUAUUUUUUUCAUUACAUGUAAAUAAAAUUUUAUAAUUUUGAUUUAAAAAUGGGUUUGUUCCAACACGACGAAAAACUGUCUCUUAACAUUUUGUUAUACUUGGAAUAACAAUAUUACUCUGGGCUAAUUAGCAAAAUUCAUGGAAAAGUUAUUUACCAGCAAUUUUAUUGCUGGUAAUUAUAAGAUCCUAUAUAUUAAUAAUAUAGGUAUGCAAAGUCCGUAGAUAGUGUGCUACUUUUUUAUAAACAAAAUGGCGCCGACAAAUCGUAUUUUUUUCAAUCAUUGCUCUAUAACUCCGAAGAUUUUAACUUUACAACAAAAACACCCAAAUAAAAAUUCACCGCAAUUAAAUUUUGCAUAGAGAUCUGUUUUUCACGAUUGGCUUCGACGAAAAUUUUCCUCGGAAAAUGUGGGUUUUCCUAACAAAAACUCUAAUUUUCAAAUAAAGUUUUAGGUAAGUAAUUAUUAAUCAAUAAUUAAAUAACUUAGUGACAUCAAAGCUUUCUUGGUAUAGAUUGUAAUUCCAGAAGCCGGUGAAAAUUAAACGGAUAUUUUAGCAACAAUUCAAUUGUUAAUUAACAAUUUACGAUCUCAAUAAUAACCAAAAUAAUAAUGAUACAUUGAUCAAAAUUAUAAAGAUGAGAUGCUUAUUUAAUAUUUUAUCGACAAAAUAUAAAUUUUUUCUUUUUUUUUGCAUAAUCUUUAAAUUUUGAAAAAAAAAUAGUUAUAAUACGUUGGUCUAAUUAGUAAAGUACAAAGAAAGGUUAUAUACCAGCAAUUGUAUUGCUGGAAUCGAAUUAUAAGAUCCUAUAUAUUAUUAAUAUAGGUAUGCAAAGUCUGCAGAUAGUGUGCUCCUUUUUUUAUAAACAAAAUGGCGCCGACAAAUCGUAUUUUUUUCAAUUAUUGCUCUAUAACUCCGAAGAUUUUAGCUUUACACCAAAAACACUCAAAUAAAAAUUCACCCCAAUUUAAUUCUACAUAGUGGCAAGUUUUUCCCGAUUUGCUCCGACGAAAAUUUUCCUCGGAAAAUGUGGGUUUUCCCAACAAAAUCUCGAAUUUUCAAAUAAAUUUUUUGGGCCAGUAAUUAUUUAUCAAUAAUUAUAUAGCUUGGUGAAAUAAAAGCCUUCUUGGUAUAGAUUAUAAAUUCAGAAGCCGGUGAAAAUGAAACGAAUAUUUUAGCAACAAUUCAAUUGUUAAUUAACAAUUUACAGUCGCAAUAACAACCAAAAUAAUCAUGAGACAUUCAUCAAACUUAGAAAGAUUAUAAAGGUGUGAUGCCUAUUUAAUAUUUUGUCGACAAAAUAUAAAUUUUUUCAUUUUUUUGCAUAAUCUUUAAAUGUUUAAAAAAAAAUUGUUAUAAACAAAUUAACAUUUCUCAGAAAUUGUUUAUUAUAUUCUAAUUUUAAAAAAUACUUUAAAUUCGGUAUUUCAUAUGUCUUGAAAAUGAAUGCUUUAAAAAAAAUUUACAACCAUUUGCAAAAAAGUUAUGAAACAGCAAAGUAAAUAUACGAUAUCUCCGUUGUUUAUAAUUUGUUUUAAUUGUUUCAAAGCUUAAAUGUGAGUCUAUGGUACAAACUAAUUACUCACAAAGAAUGUCAAAAAUUAGUCCAAUGGUUAUAUUUUAAUCAAAGAUUAAAAAUACUUUUUUUUGUAAUUUUUAGCGCAAAAGUAGGCCUAAUACAGAGUCGGAGCUAAAAUGUUCACUCGAAGCGACUGACACGCAGCAUACAUUAUUUAUUAAAAGUGUACGUUGCGCGGCCGGUCGUCGCUCCGAGUGAAAAUUUUAGCUACAGUACUGUAUUAGUCUACUUUCACGCGUGUAAAUUACAAAAAAAUAUAUUUAUAAUCUUUAAUUAAAAUAUAACCAUUAAACUGAUAAUCGAUAUUUUUUGUAAAUAAUUAGCUUGUAGUUUAAACUCACUUCUACGCUUUGAAAGAAUUAAAAAAAAUUAUAAAAACCAUAGUAAUCGUAUGUUUACUUUGCUGUUUCAUAACUUUUUUGCAAAUGGUUGCAAAAAAGUUUUAAAGCAUUCAUUUUCAAGAUAUUUGAAAUACGCAUUUUAGCUAUUUUUUAAAAUUAUAAUAUAAUAAAAACUUUCUGAGAAACGUUAAUUUGUUUAUAACUAUUUUUUUUAAACAUUUAAAGAUUUUGCAAAAAAAUUAAAAAAUUAUAUUUUGUCGACAAAAUGUUAAAUAGGCAUCUCAUCUUUAUAAGAUUUGAAAGUUUGAUCAGUGUAUCAUAAUUAUUUUGGUUAUUAUUGCGACCGUAAAUUAUUAAUUAACAAUUGAAUUGUUGCUAAAAUAUUAGUUUAAUUUUCACCAGCUUCUGGAACUAUAAUCUAAACCAAGAAGGCUUUAAGUCACCAAAUUAUUUAAUUAUUGGUAGAUAAUUACUUAUCUAAAAAUUUCUUGACAAUUAAAGAUUUUGUUGGGAAAACCCGCAUUUUCAGAGGAAAAUUUUCGUCGGAGCAGAUCGGGAAAAACACGUCUCGAUGCAAAAUUUAAUUGCAGUGAAUUUUUAUUUGGGUGUUUUUGUUGUAAAGUUAAAAUCUUCGGAGUUAUAGAGCAAUAAUUGAAAAAAACACGAUUUUCGGGCGCCAUUUUGUUUAUAAAAAAAGUAGCACACUAUCUGAGGACUUUGCAUACCUAUAUUAUUAAUAUAUAGGAUCUUAUAAUUCGAUUCCAGCAAUAAAAUUGCUGGUAAAUAACAGAAAAAUGGCCUAUUCUCCGAUAAUCAGCCCAGACUAUAUUGUUUAUGCAAAUAUUAAACGAUUUAGUUAUGAAAAGUAAAAAUAUUAAUAUUUUAUUUUCUACAAAAAAAUAUGGUAGGAGUAGAGAAGUAGGAUUUGAUCUGUAAUUUUACAAAUUGAGUUGUUAUUUCGACUUUUAUGUAAAAUAAUAAUUGUGCGGUAUAUAUAUCUCGGUGGUUUAACUACGUAUUUAUUAAUUUGUAUACGCUAAAUUUUCUUCUUUUUUAUAUCUAGAUGUAGGUAGUGAGUGCCUACGGUAAAGCGAAUUUUACCUACGUUUUUAGCACUUUUAUUCUUCUUGUACACCUUCACGUACAACAAUAGAACAAUAUAUCGUCUCUACCAUUUCCUACUAUCGAAUGUGAAAAGUGGUACUUUUAAAGUGGUACUUUUCAGGAGAGCAAGAUAACUCUUGUUUAUGAACUCCUAAAUCAGCACCUUGAUAGAUGGGAAACUUUUUAUAAUUUUGAAGUUAUACUUCUUUAGGCGCGAUUGAGAGUAAAAUUUUUCAUAAAUCUGCGCGCAUGCGCACACAGACAGUAUGACGUUUAGUUGCUAAUCUUUCAAAUUAUGUAUCAGCGCAAAUAAGCCAUUAAAAUAAUAUAUUAGUGUUUUUUAAUAAAUGUAUUAUUUAUUAUAAUUUUUGGGUCUUUGAAUUUGUCUUCCUUGGGCGUAAAAUAAUAAAAUAUCUAUUUUUAUAUUUCACUUGUCACCGUUAUGUGUAAUUAUGUAUACCUAUCCGAAACGUCAAUAACACGUGCCUUGAUAGCCUGGUUGGUAGGGCAUUGGACCAGAGAUCGAGAGAUCGCGAGAUAGCGGAUUCAAAUCCUGGACGAUUCAUAUUUUUUUUAAUUUUUGGCAUUGUUAAAAUUUUUGGUAAUUAUUGUUAAUUUUUUGUAUUGUAACUGUUAAGUUUAUUUAUUAUUGUCGGUCUUGACGGUCCAGUUAGCUGGGGCUCAGUCGAUCGACAAGUUUAGUGGAUUUGCGAUUUGCGGUCGCUGGUUCGAGCCUCAGCUAGGUCAUGAAAUUUAUAAAAGGCCAACGCCGUAGUAUAAAACUCAAUAGAGUCUACGGCUUGGUCUGGAAUAAACUGGCGUCUGAUCGGCCUAUGGAGGAGCGGUACGGGAAGGGAUAAGGGCUUCCGGCUUGGUGAUACUCCUCCAUAGAGGCCUACCGAAGGGCGUUGACGCCUAAGAACGGUGUAUACAUACAAGUAUAUUUAUUUCGUUGAAAUUAUAUAAUAGAAGUAUAACUUUUUACGUGCGUACAAAGUACACACGCACAUUCUUUUUAUGUAUGUAAUGUUUAAUUCUUUUUAGAUUGAACAGCUUACCGUUUUUUUUCCAAAAAAUCAUAUUCGCUACUUAACUUUUUGUGUUAAUUAACGAUUUGUAUUAACACAUUCAUAUUCGUAAACGAAAAGGAGGAAGAGUAAAAUAAUUUUAAUGUUCUAACAAAAGUUUAUUACAAAUCGUUUAAUUAAACAUUGAAGUUAUAGGAUAAAAUGGGAAAAUUAUAUUUAAAGAAAUUAUUAAAGCUAUUUUUUGAAAGUAGAUACGUAUUGCUAGAAAACUAGUGUAACUAUACCCUGUUUUUAAACUGGGAGGAGUAAACUCAAAGGACAGAUUCACACCCAAUAAUGUCACUAGAAAAAUCACCAGAUUCGUCUUUUUUUUUUGGUUGAUCAUGUCGACCUUCGACGGUAAUCCGUAAAUAGAUAUACUAAUACGUCUAUUUUGGCUUCUUUAUAUAUUGUUGUGGUUUGCUCAAAUGUAUGUUUCUAAUAUUUAUUUUAAAAGGAAUUAAUAUGAUAUCUCAGGGAUCUUUUACUAAUUAAAACAAAACGUGGCUUCAAAGUAUUUUUUUUUGCUAGUUGCCUUUAAGGAAAGGGAUAGACAAUAGGAAAAUAACUUUUCACACAAUUAUGAACUUUCAAAGCAAAUGUUGUAUUUUAAAAACCAAUCAAAUAUCAAAAGUAAAAAAAUUGAAUAAACAUAUACAAUAAUCAGAAUAAUAAAAAUUUCAAACAUUCAUCAAAUCAUACAUUCAAAAUUAUCAAUACAAAUUAAUUAAACUUAUAUCCAAAUCAAAGAUUUCUUAAUUUUAGUGAUUCACGAUAAAUUUUCAUUUAUUUUAAUUCUCUCCAACAAAUCGAAUAACUCUAAUUUAAAUAGGUGGUCGUGAUUGAUGGUCUCUGUUUACUAAAAUGACGAAACUAACCUUUUGUCCCCAAAAUUGAUGACUUCACCUCUCUCUUCUUUGAUUGUGUCUUGUCCACGUUGCUCGUACUUUUCAGUUUCUCCAAAUACUCCUACUAACUCUGCUUAUCUGCAAAUCUUAACUACAUGAAUAAACCCCUUCUAUCCAGACACAAGGAUAUCUCAACUAAUCGACUUGGUCCAGUAUAAAACUAUACAUCUGUUUAUCACUUACAGCAUGUCAGUUAUUUCUUCUGUCUGCUACCACAGUUGGAACUCCUUCCACCAAACACAAAUACAAAUUUUUACAACAUAUACUUUUUUCAAGACUUAGCUAAUUAGCAACGUCGUCUCAGCAGAAACUGUCGUGUUCUCGCGCGGUAUUCAAUUCACAAUGCCGUCUCCUCUCCUGGCAAAACUCCAUCCAAAUCAUUUAAUCUCCCACUUCGUUUUUUUUUCGCCCAAUCACGACCUAUAUCUAUCCAAACAAAUUUUACUGUCUUCUCAAAAAAACCAACUUUCUACUAUCUAAUAAUCCGUAAGUCAUUCUUACUAAACACAUAAUUGACCUUUUCAAUUUCUACGGAAAAAAGGAUAAUUACCUAUUCUCAAACGACCAUUUACUAAACCUACUCUUUUGUAUAAUCUUUUCAUUUGUUUCGUGGUAUACCGUACAAUAGAAAGUUCAACGUUAAAUGUUUACAAAUGUCUGUCUAACUGACUAAACGGUAGAAAAACCAAUAUAUUGUUUUAUUAUUUUCGGGGAAUGUCUUUAAACCGAAUACGAUUCACUAAUUCCGAAAAACACUUUCUUAUAUCUAAUGCUUAAUAUACAGGGUGUUGCGAUUUCUGUCGAUCGGUGAUUUGAUUUUUGUCUUAAUAUUUUCUGUUUUAUUUUUAAAAAUAUGGAAACCUCAAUAAUGUAUAUUGGCUAUUAGGUCUGUAUAUCUGUGGUCAAUUCUGCAGUUAAUCAAAGAACUUUUCACUACCCAAUGUUCGACACUGUCGAAAGCCUUUUCGAAAUCUGUGAACGCUAAUUAUACAGUGAGCACGUAAAGGUUGGAAUAAAUUCAUUUUUUCAUACAUGGGCAAUUUUCGAAAUAAAUCACGAAAUAGGUCAAUUUUUAUUUUUAAAUUACGACUUUUCGGCAUAUAUAUCAUACUAGUGACGUCACCCACCUGGGCGUGAUGACGUCAUCGAUGAUUUUUUUUUAAAUGAGAAUAGGGGUCGUGUGAUAGCUCAUUUGAAAGGUAAUUCAAUUCUCUAUUCAGUAAUAUAAACAUUGACAUACAAAGAUGAAUGUGUUUAAUUUAUUUAAUGCAAAAUACAUUUUACUGCUAUCGGAAAACAGGAAAAAAUGUUUUAUAUUUGACAAAUAAUAGUAUAUUGUACAACAAGUGAGAAAAAAUAUAUAUUUCUCACGAGCGCAGAAGUUUGUUGGCACGAGGCGAGGGCCGCAAAUCAAGCGAGGGAGAAAUAUGUCAUUUUCUCAUGUGUUGUACACUGUACAAUUUCUAUGGAUGCGGUUUUGUCAAGACUUCAAAGUUAAAUAAUUUAGGUGCUUUUAGGUAUAUUAUAAUAUUAUAUACAUGUAGGUAUUUAAUAUUCUUAAAAUUUAUUUACCUUAUUUUUGAACAGUUUUGAAAGACAAUUCCUGGUAGGUUUUGCUUUAACACAUUUAUUUGACAACGUUAAUUGUGUUUUUAUUGUGCAUGUUACCAUGGACACGGCGAUCAUAGUAUGGAAGACCGUAGGAGAACCCGUGAGAAAAAAUAUUUCUCACUGCAAUGGCCGACUUUUCUCACUGCGUGAAGAAUUGUUCGUUUUGAAUGUAAGUAAGUAGUGAGAGAAGUUGCUUAUUGUAUAGCAUCCAUAGAAAAAUAUUGUUUUUGCAUAAAUUCAAUAUUAAAGCAGCCACCUUCCUGUCUCUUGACAGUUUGAACAUUUAAUUUAACCGAAAAGCAAUGAUUAUUUUUCAAAUAAACAUUCUUUUCUGUUUUCUGAGAGCAAUAAAAUGUAUUUUGAAUUGAGCAAGACAUAAAUUCUUCUUUUUAUGUUAAUAAAUUGAAUUCAAAAAAAUUUUUGGACGCCCUUUAUAAAUAAUUAUGUUAAUGUUUAUAUUACUGAAUAGAGAAUUGAAUUACCUUUCAGCUGUCACACGACCCAUAUUCUCAUUUAAAAAAAUCAUCGAUGACGUCAUCACGCCGAGAUGGGUGACGUCACUAGUAUGAUAUAUUAUAUACUAAAAAGUCGUAAUUUAAAAAUAAAAAUUGACCUAUUUCGGGAUUUUUUCCAAAAUCGUCCAUUCUCGAGAAAAUGAAUUUAUUCUAACCUUUACGUCCUCACUGUAUAGAGGAAUGACGUGGUAUUCAUUUGUUCAUUUUAUAAGGAUUUUCAUACUUAAUAAAUGCUCACUUACGCUGAAUUCCGUUCUAAAACCAGCUUGUUCUUUCGACUGGCAUCAGUCGAAUUUUGUCGUCAGUCUAUUGGUUAAAAUUUUUGUUACGAGUUGGAAAUGGUAGGGACGAUAUAAUAAAUUUGACACAUCAAUUUUUCAGAUUCAAAAAGGUAUAAUUUGCCUUUUAAUUGUUUUAUUGUAUCAUUAUUUUUUGUUUACUGUCCCUUUUAAAUAUUUUUAACUUAAACUAUUAUUUACUAUUUUAACUAACUAUGAAUGUGCAAUAUUAUAUCGUGUUAUCACAUAUUUUAUCUUUUUACGUAUAAACAUGUUUGUAUUGAAUAUAUAUUUUAUAAUUAUAUUGUUAUAAAAAAAUAAAUAAUGCCUAAAUUAUGUGAUUGUAGUUUUAUUUAAAAUAUAUGUAAUUUGAGAUCAAAUCUAAAUAAUAAAAUGACAUUAUUAAACAAUAUCAGGGGCGUAAUAAGAAAAUAAGGGAGGCAAUACGUACAUACACGGCGCGCCAAACCUCUGGUUUUCAUUGGUUACGGCAAAAUAUAGGAGUACGGUCCUGGUAGGCAAAUUGUGAGGUUGAUUAACGUCUGUUCCGUGAAUAAUCCAAUUUCCAUUGGAAUUACGAAUAGAUAAAUCGCCAAGUUAACACAGUGUGUAAAUAAAAGUACAAGUGCACUAGUGAGUGAAAAUAAAUCGUCCAAAGCAUCGAAAAAGUAAGAUCUCUCCAUUAUUUACUGUAAACAGGUAUUUUAGAUGCCAAUAAUUAUUCGAACAAUAUAAAUAAAAUAAAACCACUGAUAAGAAAUUCAAGUUUUGAUGGGUCAAACAGACUUGAUUUAUUUUCGCAGUGCAGAGUCGGACUUAUAAAAUAAAUCUAAAAUAGUGCGAGAAUUAAAAAUCAAUAAUUUUAAUUUUUACGGUGAUUACGAACUGGCUUAAAGUUAAUUUCUAAAUUAAGUUUAUAGAUUGUGUCUAAUAUAGGUUUAUUUUUUUAAACUAACCUUAUAUUUUAUAUUGUAUUCUAUACAGAUUUUUCUAAUUGUAACAUUUAGCGGGGCACUUUUAGAAAAUGGAAAGAAAGGAUAAUGACACAGGAAGUGAAACCGAUGACGAAACGAAACGCAAAAGAGAAAACUUGGAUGAUUGUUUUAAUAGAAGUAAAAUUACAAAACGGUCACCAAGCAAAGCAGGCAACGAAAAAAAUGAAGACAUGGAAAAUGUUAUGAUUACGAUGAUGAGAGAGCUCAUGAAUAAAAAUGAUGAAAUGCUUCAGGAAAUAAAACAAAUAAGAAAAGAACAACAACAAACCAAUAAAGAGUUAAUGGAUGUAAAAGUAGAGAAUCAAAAACUAAAAAAAGAAGUAAAAUUGCUACAUGAAAGAAUGGAGCAACUGGAGAAAUUUAGCAAAAAGAAAAGCUUGAUCGUAACUGGGUUGAAAGUACAAACAAAUGAUGAUAAGAAAUUAAAAGAAGAAAUGGAAAAUUUCAUAGCCCAAGAGUUGCAAACACAAAUAAAACUAAGAAGUGCAACAAAAAUAGGAGAAACAGUAUGCGCAAUAGAGACAGAAACUUUCACGGAUAAAAUGGAAAUCCUAAACAAGAAAAGUAAACUAAAACAGCAUAAAGACCGUAUCUAUAUAAACAACGAUUUGACAUCGAAAGAAAAAGAAAUACAAAAGGAUUAAAAGGUUAAUGUUUAUAUUACUGAAUAGAGAAUUGAAUUACCUUUCAGCUGUCACACGACCCAUAUUCUCAUUUAAAAAAAUCAUCGAUGACGUCAUCACGCCGAGAUGGGUGACGUCACUAGUAUGAUAUAUUAUAUACUAAAAAGUCGUAAUUUAAAAAUAAAAAUUGACCUAUUUCGGGAUUUUUUCCAAAAUCGUCCAUUCUCGAGAAAAUGAAUUUAUUCUAACCUUUACGUCCUCACUGUAUAGAGGAAUGACGUGGUAUUCAUUUGUUCAUUUUAUAAGGAUUUUCAUACUUAAUAAAUGCUCACUUACGCUGAAUUCCGUUCUAAAACCAGCUUGUUCUUUCGACUGGCAUCAGUCGAAUUUUGUCGUCAGUCUAUUGGUUAAAAUUUUUGUUACGAGUUGGAAAUGGUAGGGACGAUAUAAUAAAUUUGACACAUCAAUUUUUCAGAUUCAAAAAGGUAUAAUUUGCCUUUUAAUUGUUUUAUUGUAUCAUUAUUUUUUGUUUACUGUCCCUUUUAAAUAUUUUUAACUUAAACUAUUAUUUACUAUUUUAACUAACUAUGAAUGUGCAAUAUUAUAUCGUGUUAUCACAUAUUUUAUCUUUUUACGUAUAAACAUGUUUGUAUUGAAUAUAUAUUUUAUAAUUAUAUUGUUAUAAAAAAAUAAAUAAUGCCUAAAUUAUG